AUGUCCUCUCCUUCCCUACCCAUGCCCUCUCUUCCUCCCAGCCCUCUGGCAAUGGAGUACCUAAACGACUUUGAUCUCCUCAAGUUCGAGGUAAAAUCAGACACUCCUCCACUCCCUGCUCAAUGUUCAUAUCCCAAAUCUGGCCUCCCCCAGGACCCCUCCAGCUCCCCGUACACCAGUCACCCCCCGCAGGACUCCAGUUUGAGCUCCAGCCCUUACAACUCGCUGCCACCCUCGCCAACGCUCAGCGACGCCCACCCGCCGCCCUCGGGCUCGUCCUCCCUGUCUUCGUCCUCCUCCUCCAUCUCCUUCCCCCUCUCCAUCUCCAACAGCUUCACCUCUGGCAUCAGCUCCGGCUCUCAGGGGAACAUUGAGGGCAGCCCGGUCCACGGUGGGCCACAGGGUCCCACCCCGGCUUCGCUGGAGGAUCUGAUCUGGUUGGCAGCGCUCCAGCAACAGUUUGGAGGUGAAGCAACAGGGCCUGCCACUUUGCUGGGAGCCUUGGGAGGGGUGCCAGAGAGAGGGGACAGAGAGAGGGGGCCGGUGAAUGGCUUCUUGGGCUGUGAGGAUGCUGUGGAGGCUUUGCUGAAUUCAGCUGCUGCAGCUGUCAGCUCACAGUUUCCGGGUCUUUCUCAGAGUUCGAGCAGCAACCUGGGAGAUUCCAGCAGUGAUAGCGGAGGUGACAUCUCCUGCACCAAGGGGACAGACAUGUGCCAUCGCCCGCUCGUCUUCCUUUCAUCCGCCCCUCCCUCGCUACCCAACGCCGCCCCCACCUCAGCUCCCUACCCGCAACCACUCAGCCCCCAGGGCCGCCUUCAUCACCACCACCAUCACCAGCACCACUUGCACCACCCCAUGCAUGGCAACCAUCAUCACCAUCACCACCCACAAGUCAAUCAGGUACACAGGUGCGGGGUAAAUGAACGCUUCUCUGAUGAGCAGCUGGUGAGCCUGUCAGUGCGGGAGCUGAACCGGCACCUGCGUGGUGUGAGCAAAGAUGAGGUGGUGCGCUUGAAGCAGAAACGCCGCACACUAAAGAACCGUGGUUAUGCCCAGUCCUGCCGUUAUAAGCGCUUACAGCAUCGCCAUGCUCUGGAGUCUGAGAAACAUGUGCUCACACAACAGUUGGAACAGCUACAGUGUGAGCUGACUCGGGUGCUGAGGGAGAGAGACGCCUACAAGGCUCGCUACGAGAAGCUCCUCAGCACGAACCACAGCACAGGCGAAGCCCCACUGACCCGCACCAUUCUCCAGACUAGAGAGGCUAUUUUUGGACAAAUUGAACACCUCUGUAACAGGGACGAUCACCAUAUUAAUGCAACAUGUGGCACCACAGAGCUGGUCACUGUGGACUCGGCGGCCGGUCUCCGCAUCGCCUCCAUCAUCUUCCAGGGGUCAAUGAGCGCUUCGUGA